UGCUUUUGGGCUUGUAUUUUGAUCAUUUUAAUACAAGGUCAAAGCCUUUAAUUUUCUUCUUCUCCCUUGGAACACAAUUCCGAGGUUCAUCUUUAUAUGGUGUUAUCUGCUCAAUUGGUGGAUUUGAUUGUAGCAAUAUUGAUCUUUGCUGCUUCCUCUUGAUGUCUUUCUCAUGUAGCAGGAUUCAUUUUGUAAUACGUCCACCCCAAGAGUUGAAACCAUGUCUUUAGUAAGAUCAGCGGAACCGGCUAUUGCAGCAUGUAGAAAUACAAAGCAAUAUUCAGUUCAGGGUAGUGGUGACGGUUCUGGCUUGUCCACUCAAAUGUUUGGCACUGAUAAGCAUAGGCCUGUAUACGUCACUGAUUCUUACAGCAGGGAGAGCUAUGAGAAGUACUUUGAUGACUCUCCUUCGGAAGAUCUGACACAUCCAUCUAGUUCUGAGGUUUCGGGAAGUUCGUUUCCCCUGCAGGAUGUCACUUCUGACCAGCUAAGAGGUACUUCAUUUUUCUCCAUAACUGCUCAAAAACCAUUGAACUCUUAUUUUUUCUUAUUUCUUUUAUCAGAUUACUUGGAAGUCCAAAGUGCAGAUACAUUUGAUGCCGAUACAGAUAAGAUGAAACUGAUGCUUCAAGAACUGGAGAGAGAUCUGCUUGCUGAUAAUGAUGUUGAUGUAGAAGAUAUGUUUGGCGCUGGCCUGAACAUGGAAAUAGAUGGUGAAUGGUCCGGUCCUAUAAGAACAGAAUCGAUUCAUGAACCGCCCAAGGAGUCGUCAUCCUUGGAUUAUAAUCUCAGUCGCGUCAGCAGCCACAUAGAGGCAUCACAUGUUUCAUCUAGAACUCCUAAGCAAAUGCUUAUCGAGUGUGCUGGUAUACUUGCAGAAGGCAACAUUGAAGUAGCUUCAGCCAUAAUAAAUGAACUUCGCCAGCUGGUGUCGGUUCAAGGAGAUCCUCCUCAGAGAAUCGCGGCAUACAUGGUUGAAGGUCUUGCUGCUCGUGUGGCUGCAUCUGGAAAAUAUCUUUAUAAAGCUUUAAAAUGCAAAGAGCCCCCUUCUUCUGAUAGGCUUGCAGCCAUGCAAAUCCUCUUUGAGGUGUGCCCUUGUUUUAAAUUCGGGUUUAUGGCAGCAAAUGGUGCAAUUAUAGAGGCAUUUGAAGAUGAAAAGAGAGUACAUAUAAUAGAUUUUGAUAUAAGUCAAGGUAGCCAAUAUAUUACACUAAUUCAAUCAAUUGCUAAGUUGCCUGGUAAGCCACCUCACUUGAGGUUAACUGCGGUUGAUGAUCCCGAGUCAGUUCAACGUCUUAAUGGAGGUCUUGAAAUUAUCGGACUAAGACUUGAGAAACUAGCUGAAGUACUUGGUGUGUCAUUUGAGUUUCAUGCUGUUGCCUCUAGGACUUCACUUGUUACUCCAUCUAUGGUUGAUUGCCGACCCGGAGAAGCACUUGUAGUGAACUUUGCAUUUCAGCUCCACCACAUGCCUGAUGAGAGUGUUUCAACCAUAAAUCAGCGAGACCAGCUUCUUCAGAUGGUUAAGAGCUUAAAUCCGAAACUUGUUACUGUCGUUGAGCAAGAUGUGAACACAAACACCUCUCCCUUUUUCUCUAGGUUUAUUGAAGCCUAUAGUUAUUACUCCACUGUAUUUGAGUCCCUGGAUGCUACACUUCCACGGGAGAGUCAGGACAGGAUGAAUGUUGAAAGGCAGUGCUUGGCACGAGAUAUAGUCAACAUUGUUGCUUGUGAGGGAGAGGAAAGAAUAGAGCGAUACGAGGUUGCUGGAAAGUGGAGGGCAAGGAUGAUGAUGGCCGGCUUCACUUCUUGUCCGAUGAGUUCAAAUGUGAUCGAUAUGAUCCGGAAGCUUAUCAGGGAGUACUGUGACAGGUACAAGCUGGAUGAGGAUUUAGGCGCACUUCAUUUUGGUUGGGAAGGCAAAACCUUGAUUGUUGCUUCAGCAUGGAGGUAAAAUUAUCGGGUUAAUGUUACCGUUUUCCCAUACAUGGCCUUUUGAUUUAGUUAUGUAUGGCAUUGUAACUAUAAUUUUGUGUAGGAUCCAGAUGCAAUUCUUUUUUGCUGAUGUAAAAUCUCAGGGACUAGUAGGGACUAUGUCCAACACGAACUCAU